AGAGGCAAGCCUCCAGGGCCUUCAGCCUCUACGCCAACAUCGACAUCCUCCGGCCCUACUUCGAUGUGGAGCCCGUCCAAGUGCGAGCCAGACUGCUAGAGUCCAUGAUUCCUGUGAAGAUGAUUAAUUUCCCACAGAAGAUUGCAGGUGAGCUGUAUGGACCCCUCAUGCUGGUUUUCACGCUGGUGGCUAUCCUUUUGCAUGGGAUGAAGACCUCGGACACUAUCAUUAGGGAAGGCACACUGAUGGGCACAGCCAUCGGCACCUGCUUCGGUUACUGGUUGGGCGUCUCCUCUUUCAUCUAUUUCCUGGCAUAUCUGUGCAACGCCCAAAUUACGAUGGUGCAGAUGCUGUCGCUGUUGGGUUAUGGUCUUUUUGGACACUGCAUCACUCUCUUUGUCACCUACAAUAUCCACUUCCACUCCCUCUUCUAUAUCUUCUGGUUGGUUGUUGGUGGACUCUCUACACUACGAAUGGUUGCUGUGUUGGUGUCGCGCACCGUGGGACAUACCCAGCGGCUUAUCCUGUGUGGGACCCUUGCUGCUCUGCAUAUGCUUUUCCUCCUCUAUCUGCACUUUGCUUAUCACAAGGUGGUAGAAGGUAUCCUGGACACGCUGGAAGGACCCAACAUGCUGCCCUUUCAGAGAGUUGCCCGAGACAUUCCAGUUGUUUCCAAUGCUGUACUGAACACAACAGCCAAAGCCAUUGCAUUGACCCUGUAGUUUCACGGACUUGCUUCCUUCACUACUUUUGGGGCUGCAUAGGGCCAUAAUAACCUGCUGGCUCUUAGGAACGGGACAGAACAGCAGGAAGAAGGCUCGGGUUUGGUUUCCUGGACCUGUCCUUUAGGUUGCAAUUUUGUGCAGCUGUGUGGACUGCACCUCAGUGACUCAGAACUACACCAGGUCCGGGCUGUCUUGAGUGGAGUGGUUCUGUUGCCUGCACGUUUAGCUGGGAUUUCCCAGCGCAGUUUGUCCCUUACCCCUCUUUCCGCUUGCUGAUGUAACCCUAGGGGUAUCUGCCUUGUUCCUGUCCUGAAGAGGGAAGAAUUAAAUUGAUGUUGGUGCUGAAUGAUGUCUAACUGUGUAAUGGAAAAACAGUGUUGGGUCUCUACACCUUUAUCUGUCCUGUCCUAGACUCAAAGCAGGAUUCUUUGCAA